AUGCAUUCUGUUCCAAGUUUGUACGAAUUGGGGAGUGGUUCAAAUUCUGCAAACUUUCUUCGUGGAGUGUUGAGUUCACCAGAAAUGAUGAAUAUCGGGAAUUCAAUCUUGAGCUCAAGUUCAGCAUCUGAUCACGUGAAAGCAAUUACAGCAAACAAGAGCCACAGCGAAGCUGAAAAACGAAGAAGAAGGAGAAUCAAUGGUCACCUCGCCACCCUCCGCACUCUCGUUCCUAAAGCUACCAAAGUAAGGACAACCAUUGUUAAAACUUCGGACAAGGCUUCAUUGUUAGCAGAGGUGGUCCGUUGCGUAAGAGAGCUGAAGAAAACAACAGCAGAACUUUCACUGUUUGACACUGAUCUCGAAUCCCACAACCCUAGUACCAACAUAGCAAGAGACAAUGCGUUCCCAAGUGAAACAGAUGAACUAAAAUUAUUUCACUACGAUGGAGAUACAGGCACUGUAAAGGCGUCCUUGUGCUGCGACGAUCGGCCGGAGCUCAUAUCGGAGUUAACAAGGGCACUAAGUUCGGUGCAAGCGACGGUGGUGAGGGCGGAGAUGGCGACUGUCGGAGGGAGGAUGAGGAUUGUGUUGUGGGUGCGAGUUCCGUUGGCCGGAGAUGAAGGGUUAGGUGCCUUACGAAGGGCGUUGAAGGUAGUUGUUGAAAAGGCCGCUUUGUCGCCUGGGUCGAACCAGGGCUUGCCGGGGAACAAGAGGCCCCGUCUCUAUCACUGCUGA